AUGCAGGCCAAGAAGAGGUACCUGCUCGUGUCUGUGGGGGCCGGUCUUCUCUUCCUUGUAUAUCUGUGGGGUCUGCAAAUUGGGGAGUUCCAGCAGCAGCCGUACCAGUAUCACCAAUUUCCCCAGUACCCACAGUAUCAUCAAUACCAUCAACAGGAAUACCAAUCCAACCGCCAGGGUCAGGAAGUGUACUACCAGCCCCAGCCACUGCCCCAGAGAAGCCCAUCCAGACCGCCCAGACACUGGCCGGAGUCGACCAAGCUGCUGGAGCCGUAUUUGGAGGGAGGAGAGCAGGAGGAGGACACCCCUCAGCUCCACCACCAGCACACCUCCCCUCGUGAACGACGGGCAAUCCGUGACAACAUCUACAAGAACAAGCGCUGCCGCAUGGAAACCUGCUUCGACUUUGCUCGCUGCCAGUCGGGCUUCAAGGUUUACGUCUACCCUCCACAGAGAGGCAGCGAGAUCUCAGAGACCUACAAGAAGAUCUUGACAUCCAUUGAAGAGUCCCGGUUCCACACCACGGACCCUUUGAGGGCCUGUCUGUUCAUUUUGGCUGUGGACACUUUGGACAGGGACCAGCUCUCAGUGCAGUAUGUCCAGAACAUUAGAUCCCGUAUCCAGAGCUUGCCCACUUGGAAUGAUGGCAGGAAUCACCUCAUAUUCAACCUUUACUCUGGCAGUUGGCCAGACUACACCGAGGAUCUGGGCUUUGAGGUGGGACAGGCCAUGCUGGCCAAGGCCAGUGCAGAUGUGGUCAACUUCCGACCUAACUAUGAUAUUUCCAUCCCUCUGUUCUCAAAGGAUCAUCCGCUAAAAGGAGGGGGUGUAGGUUAUCUGGCGCUUAACGAUGCGCCGCCUUCCAGGAAGUACCAGCUGGUUUUCAAAGGGAAGAGGUACUUAACUGGCAUAGGUUCGGAGACCAGGAAUGCUCUGUAUCACAUCCACAAUGGGGAAGAUACUAUUCUGCUGACGACGUGUAAACAUGGCAAAGACUGGGAGAAACAUAAGGACUCUCGUUGCGACAGAGAUAAUGAAGACUACUCAAAGUUUGACUACCAGGAGCUACUUCAUAAUUCUACUUUCUGCCUGGUGCCGCGGGGCCGACGUCUUGGGUCGUUCCGCUUCCUGGAGGCCUUGCAGGCUGCCUGUAUUCCAGUUAUUCUGAGUAAUGGCUGGGAGCUCCCCUUCUCUGAAGUAAUCGACUGGAGAAAAGCUGCGAUCAUUGGAGAUGAGAGGCUGCUAUUACAGGUUCCCUCGAUUACCCGAUCUGUGGGCCGUGACAGGAUCUUGGCUCUCCGCCAGCAGACUCAGUUCCUCUGGGAUGCCUACUUCUCUUCUGUAGCCAAAAUAGUCUUAACCACGCUGGAGAUCAUCCAGGACCGUGUGGACUCCCUUGUAUCCAGAAACCGUUUGUUGUGGAAUUCCCUACCUGGUGGUCUGUAUGCGCUCCCUCAGUACUCAACUGAUGCUGCCCAGUUUCCUUUUUACUAUGCUCUACUGGGUAAGAGCCCGUCGCAACAGUUCACCGCUGUGAUCCAUAUGGUAACUCCUCUGCAGUCCCAGAUAUCCCCUGUGGUGAAGCUCAUCAUCGCUGUAGCCAAGUCCAAGUUCUGUGCACAGAUUGUGGUUUUAUGGAACUGUGACAAGCCUUUACCUCCUAGAAACAAGUGGCCCUCCACCAGUGUGCCUCUCACUGUCAUUGAAGGACAGACCAAGACGAUGAGCAGUCGUUUUUUCCCCCACGACGCCAUCAUCACCGACGCUGUCCUCAGUCUGGAUGAAGACUCUGUUCUCUCAACCAAUGAGGUGGAUUUUGCCUUCACUGUAUGGCAAAGUUUUCCAGAGCGUAUUGUUGGUUAUCCAGCAAGGAGCCACUACUGGGAUAGUUCCAGAUCACGCUGGGGCUAUACUUCAAAGUGGACUAACGAGUACUCCAUGGUCCUUACAGGAGCAGCUUUUUAUCACAGGUAUUACCACUACUUGUUCACUCACUACAUACCGGCCAGCCUGCUGACAAUGGUGGACCACAUGGCUAAUUGUGAAGACAUCCUGAUGAACUUCCUUGUUUCAGCUGUGACCAAGCAACCUCCAAUCAAAGUCACACAGAAGAAGCAGUAUAAGGAAACCAUGAUGACCCAGGGCUCCAAGGUGUCAUCUCGUUGGGCCGACCCAGACCACUUUGCCCAGCGACAGAGUUGCAUGAACGCCUUCAGCCACUGGCUAGGUUUCAUGCCCUUAGUGCACUCCCAGAUGAGGUUGGACCCGGUGUUGUUCAGAGACCAGGUUUCCAUUCUGAGGAAGAAAUACAGGGACAUUGAGAGGCUGUGAACACACAAGGACGCACGCCAAAUCACAGCAGAGGGGCAGGAGAGGUGUGUGUGAUAUUCGGCUUCCUGUUCAAGAGGAGAAUACACACACUAUACUGAAUGACUGUUUAUGAGGCUAUAAAGGAAAAUUCACACAUGCAGUGGACAUAAAAGUGAUAAAACACUGAGGU